AUGAAGCCAGGACCACUUGACAUGGGCUAUGCCCGACCCUUGGAGUUCACCUUGUCGGUGGUUGUCAAGACUAAACCGAGCCCGCUUGAUUUCCAGUUUGCCGCCGACACCCUUGUUUCACAAUGGCCUGUGUUGAACUUGCGCAUGAAUGCAUCAAAAACAAAAUUCUUAGAUCCAAAAGAUCCAGGCGAUCUGGCAGAUGUUUGGAAAGGAAAGGAACUUCCCCAAAACCUGGGCGACAUCCUAUACCUCUCUUCUAAAGCAGACUUCUCUCAAUUGAUUGAUUCUGAAGUUCUGGAUAGAGCCUUGAAUUUUGGCUACGGGUUCGGACAUGCAUGGAAGCAGCGUGUUUUCACUAUCCGGACUUUGUUCUUGAAGGACUCUUGCAUAAUCGGCUUCAGAUUUCUACACCCGCUUUGCGACGCAAAUGGUGCCUAUGAAAUUAUACAGGCGUACUGCGCCCUUCUGAGGGGAGAGAGGAUUACUCACACGCUCCACGCUCGACCUUCACUGUCACUGAAAUCCGAGGUACUCGAAAAGUGCGCGGAAAUGAUUGAGUCGCAUCAAGUUGCAGACCUGCACCGCCAAUCCAUGCAUCGGACAUGGUCAGCUGGAAUUGGUGCUCUCGGGAAGCAGAUUGGCCGCAACAUUUGCUACCCAUCCGCCAGGCGCUUUAGCAAAUCAUUGUUGGUUACUCAAGGACAGAUGCUUCGGUGGAUGAGAGAAGCCGAAAAUCAAGGGGCAAAGGUGACUGAGCAUGACCUCCUGUUGGCAUUUAUUUACAAGUCCUCACUACACCCACCAAAGCCACACAAUUUCGGAAUCGUCAUUGAUAUUUCUCAAAAGCUCCAGUCCGAAGCCAACCUUUACAACCCCUGGUAUAUGAUGCCACUUCCAGACCCAAUGCCUUCCAAAGAAUAUAGCUCCCCCUCCAUGGUCCGCAUGGCAAUGGACAUCCGCCACACGGUCGAGGAGGGCCAGCAGCCCCAGUGUAUUGGUGAAGUCGUAGAGCAGCACAGAAACACCCGGAAAAGUCCCAUGAUUCCGAAAGCCUAUGGAAGCCGCGCUGCUCAACCGCGAGUUGCCUCCUGGAAAAGUCUCCCUCUCUUUGAUAUCGACAUCCAAGGCGAGAAUCCACUCUUUGUUCAAGGUAGCGUGGACUACUGUGGUCUUCUGCGCGAGACGAAAACCCACCUUGAUGAUUUACUGGUGACAUGGAAGGCCCGAGAUGUAGAUGGGUCUGAAGGGGGCUACUGGAUUCAUGGCCGGUUACCAGAGUCUCUAUGGAGACGUAUGGCUGAUGCUUUGAACUGCUGA